UCCAAGAUGUUGACGCUUAAGUAUCUCUCCAUACGACCUUACUUCGAAACGCCACAAGAAGCUCUCGAAUGGGAUAAGCUCCAAAAAAUGAUAGCGACUGUGAAGCAAUUCCACGAUGACUUUGAUCGAAUUGUGUUGCAUAAGGACAUCUACCGCACGUUCUUUUAUCACUACCUGCAAGAGAUACGUCUUCGAAUCAUCAAAAUAUUGAUGAAUUUCGCUACUAUAGAGUGGUGUGAGCCUCAACCAGUGAACGCUGCCGUUGAUCCUUUUGGAUUUCCGAUGCAGGAGCCACCCAAACCAAAGAAAAAAAGUAACGACAUUCCGGAGGAGAUUCCGGACUAUACCAUCCGCGUUAAAGGGUAUAAGGAAAAGUUUCCUCUAGUUUGCUGCGAUGAUCAGUUUCGUACGCUGGCCACCCUUAGGUUACACUACUACUCGGUUCACGACAAAACGUACCUUAUGGCUGCGAACACGUGUGAGAUGAAGGCGGCCCUAUUGCGGAUGGUCGUAUUUCGUCGAAUUUUGGAUGGAUGGCUGCAAUCGGGAAGUGCGGCUAAUAAUGGAUUGUGCUUUUAUCUUACGAAAAUUCUCCGAAGAAUCAUCUCCAUAAUUCGUUAUUAG